AACAGAUCUGGGAUGGCCUUUCCAAGGCAAAAAGGGCCACCGCAGAGCCGUCCCGCCAUUCCCCCAGGUCCCAGGUGGAUAGGGUCUGGCGACGAAAUUUGCCGGCUCGCAAAUUUCGCUCGACAGAUUCCCAGCCCUCCUCUUCUCUUUUUGGAGUCUGCGGUAUAGUAGCCAUUUUGUUCCUGUCUCUUUACUAGACCCUGUCAUGUUUGAGACUCUGGAACUCUUUAGCAGCGAUUUUGUCGUACAGGUACCCGGCACAGCAGCAACCCACAGAACCCCCAUAACCCCUCCCCGCCCACCUAAAAAAGCCUCGGCCAUGUCCACGUCGGUCAGGCUCGCCACGGCGUCGGACCUCGAGGCCAUGACGUGGGUGCUCGUCGGGGCGUCGCCGCUCGACCCCGUGUACCCGUACCGGUUCCCGGACCGGCACCUGUACGCAGCCGAGUUUGCCGAGCUGUGCAGGCAAAAGUGCCGCGAGUACCUAGCCACGAGCGCCGUCGUGGUCUGCGAGACAGCGCCGCCCCACUGCAACCCCUCCGACAAGCAGCAGCUGCGGCGCCUAGUCGCUUUUAGCGCAUGGGAUGUACCUGCAAGGCAUCGCUCCCGCAUGUUGCUGCCGUCCGCCGUCCGAGAGCCGCUCUCUCGGAGCUCCAACAACCCGGCGAUGCCCGUCACGUUCGGGCACAGGCGGCGCAUGGACGCGUUCCGCGAGGCGUGCGCGGCCAACAAGGUGGCCUUCUUCGACGGCCGCUACCCGCGCGGCCACGUGUUCCUCAAGAUCCUGCUCUGCCACCCAGACUACCAGCGCCGCGGCGCCGGCCGCGCGCUCACCGCCUGGGGCGUCGACCUCGCCCGCCACCUCGGCCUCACCACCACCGUCUUCGCCUCCCCCAUGGGCGCCCCACUGUACCGCAAGCUCGGCUUCCGCCAGAUCGGCAACUUCCGCGUCCAGCUUGACGGCGACGACGCCUUCCUCGAGAUCCCAGCCCUCAUCCUCAAGCCCCAGCCCCUGCCGGCGGAAAACGGCGCUGCUGAGAAGAGCUGCGAGGGGGGUGUCACUGCUUGCGGUGGGCUGCAGAUGGCGGCCAGGCACGAGACGUUUGAGCAGCCCGCGCAGCGAGAGGUGGGAGUGUUUGCAACGCCUACCGCAGCGAUGGCAUGUGUUUAAACUAGGUUUACCUGUGGGGGGUUCCUUUUCUCUAAACAACUGUGAUAUAUCCUGGAUGCGUAGUAUUUGGACGGAGGCUUAAUUUAUCAUAUAGCAUAAAGGAGCGCGUGUAAUUCGGAGAGCAGUAGUGUCAGUGGCUUGAUGAAUAAAGAUGAUCUACGGACGCAGCAUGGCAGUUUGAAUUGCUUACUGUUAUACCUCAGGGCUGACGUGUUGUCUUUUCUCAUAUCUUCAAAUGCUGGCUGCCAGGCUAGAGGAAAGUCGCCUAAUAGGUAGAUCAUCUAGCCCACAAACAUGACGUCUUCUUCCGGC